AUGCCCAUUACCAACAAGGACGCCACGCCUGGUGCUGCCAUGAAGGCCGAGAUCGAGGACUACACCAAGGCCCUCGAGGUCGUGAAGACCUACACCAACCAGGAUGGUCUCGAUGUGGACACCCUGCUGGACUCGGACAAGCACGGAGCUCUGACCUACAAUGACUUCCUGCUCCUGCCUGGUUAUAUCGGCUUCCCUGCCUCCGAUGUUAGCCUGGAUACCCCAAUUACCAAGCGCAUCACCCUGAAGGCUCCUCUUGUGUCCUCUCCCAUGGACACCGUCACCGAGCACAACAUGGCUAUCCACAUGGCCCUGCUCGGUGGUCUUGGUGUCAUCCACCACAACUGCGCUCCUGAGGACCAGGCCGAGAUGGUCCGCAAGGUGAAGAGAUACGAGAACGGUUUCAUCCUGGACCCCGUUGUUCUCUCCCCCAAGGCUACCGUUGGAGAGGCCAAGGACCUGAAGGCCCAGUGGGGUUUCGGUGGCUUCCCCGUCACUGAGAACGGUACCCUUCGCUCCAAGCUGAUUGGUAUGGUCACUUCCCGUGACAUCCAGUUCCACAAGGACCUUGAUGAGCCCGUCACUGCCAUCAUGGCCACUGAUCUGGUCACUGCCCCUGCCGGUACCACUCUUGCCGAGGCCAACGAGGUCCUCCGUCAGUCCAAGAAGGGCAAGCUGCCCAUCGUUGAUGCCUCUGGCAACCUCGUCUCUCUCCUUUCCCGCUCCGAUCUGAUGAAGAACCUCCACUACCCCCUUGCCUCUAAGCUCCCCGACUCCAAGCAGCUCAUCUGUGCUGCUGCCAUUGGUACUCGUGAGGAGGACAAGUACCGCCUCAAGCUGCUUGUCGAGGCCGGUCUGGACAUUCUUAUCCUGGACUCUAGCAACGGCAGCAGCAUGUACCAGAUUGACAUGCUCAAGUAUGUCAAGAAGGAGUUCCCCCAGAUUGAUGUCAUCGCUGGUAACGUUGUUACCAAGGAGCAGGCUGCUAUGCUUAUUGCCGCCGGUGCCGAUGGCCUGAGAAUUGGCAUGGGUGCCGGUAGUGCUUGCAUUACCCAGGAGGUUAUGGCCGUCGGUCGUCCCCAGGCUGCCGCCGUCCGCAGCGUGUCCGCUUUCGCUGCUCGCUUCGGCGUUCCCUGCAUUGCCGAUGGUGGUGUCCAGAACAUCGGUCACAUCGUCAAGGGUCUGGCCCUUGGCGCUAGCACCGUCAUGAUGGGUGGUCUUCUGGCCGGUACCACCGAAUCCCCCGGCGAGUACUUCGUCAGCAACGAGGGUCAGCUCGUCAAGUCUUACCGUGGUAUGGGCAGUAUUGCCGCCAUGGAGGACCGCAAGGCCGGUGGUAACAGCAAGGACAACAAGGCCAACAAGGCCAGCAACGCUGGUACCGCUCGCUACUUCUCUGAGAACUCCCGCGUCCUGGUCGCCCAGGGUGUCGCUGGCUCCGUCCUGGACCGCGGCUCCGUCAACAAGUUCAUCCCCUACCUCGUUACCGGUGUCCAGCACUCCCUGCAGGAUAUGGGUGUCAAGUCUCUUGAUGAGCUGCACGACGGUGUCAACAAGGGUCUUGUUCGCUUCGAGAUGCGUAGCGCUAGCGCCCAGGUCGAGGGUAACGUCCACGGCCUGCACAGCUACGACAAGAAGCUUUACGCGUAA